AUGACGGGAAACCUGUCUCUGUGGACGUCCACACCUGCUGGUCCUUCACAGAACACGUCUGUCUUCUCCCUGUUCAACUCGUCUGCUCCACCCUCCCCUCCACCCUGGGAGGCCCCGUCCUUCACCGUGGCGGCCCGCUGCCGUGUAGCAGCCACCUUGGUGCUGUUUGUCUUUGCCGCCAUCAGUAACCUGUCAGUCCUCAUCAGUGUGUGCUGGGGGCGGGGUUAUCGCCUGGCAGCACAUCUGCGCCCGCUCAUCGCCAGCUUGGCCUCCGCUGACCUGGUGAUGACCUUUGUGGUGAUGCCACUGGACGCCGUCUGGAACAUCACGGUGCAGUGGUACGCCGGGGACGUCAUGUGUAAGCUGUUGUGUUUCCUCAAGCUCUUUGCCAUGCACUCAGCCGCGUUCAUCCUGGUGGUGGUGAGUCUGGACCGAUACCGGGCCAUCCUCCAUCCUCUGGACUCUCUGGACGCCGGCCUCAGGAACAGACGCAUGCUGCUCGUGGCCUGGACUCUGAGCGUGCUGCUGGCCUCUCCUCAGCUGUUCAUCUUCCGGGCCAUUAAGGCCGACGGCGUGGACUUCACUCAGUGUGUGACCCAUGGAAGUUUCCGGCAUCGCUGGCAGGAGACGGCAUACAACAUGUUUCACUUUGUGACGCUGUAUGUCUUCCCUCUGCUGGUCAUGACCUUCUGCUACACCCGCAUUCUCACCAAGAUCAAUGGGCGGAUGCGCAAGAGCAAAGGUAAAGAUGGCGAACACUGUCUGAGACGCAGUGGAACAGACAUGAUACCUAAAGCCCGGAUGAAGACCCUCAAGAUGUCCAUAGUGAUCGUCAGCUCGUUCGUCAUCUGUUGGACGCCCUACUACCUCCUGGGGAUCUGGUACUGGUUCCAGCCGGCGAUGAUCCAGCACACACCUGAGUAUGUACAUCACAUACUGUUUGUCUUCGGCAACCUGAACACGUGCUGUGACCCCGUCAUCUACGGCUUCUACACGCCGUCUUUCCGGGCCGACCUCGCUGACGUGGUGGCGUGCUGCCGCGGCCGACGAACCAACAACGCCUCGCCUUGCUCUGUGGAUCGUCUGUCCAGUCGAAACGCUGGAGCCGCCAGGGAGAUGGAGUCUGACCUGAGCUCCAACCAGCACAGUGGGAACCCCAGUUAA